AUGUUUCUAGCGCGCGAUGCAGGAAAUCGCUCAAUUCCAGCCCCCGGACGCAUGGUUAUGCAGAUGCCUGACCAUAAUCCGCAUUCAGGCAUUUCUGGUGAACUUCAAGACAUUACCAGCGAGUCAUUCGAAAAUGACUAUGACAAUCAAUACAAUGGAUUCAGAUCGGGAACAAGUUUGAAUGAUGAUGAGGAUCCACUUGAACGAUUCCUCCGUAUGACCGACCACCACCACAUGAUGAACACCGGUGAUUUGCUAUCUAACUCCCGAAAACCUUCCCCUGGGCCAUCCAGCACUAAUGAUCCGUCGACCAGUAGCACUGUCGACAGCAUUCAGCCUCUCAUUCCCUCCUCCGCACAGUUCGACACCUUCUACCCACUACCCUUUCCCCAGUCAUUUGUAGGAUCCUCCCAGCGUUCUGAGAGGCAUCGGCAUGCUCGGACCUCCUCCACCAUGCCGUAUUUCAUACCCGGACCCAGAGCUGUUCCGCCGCCUGAGCCAACGAUGGCUGCCCUUGGUCCUGUGCAACCCGCAGUCACUGUCCCCCAUACUACACACACGGCCCAUCUAGCCCCUGUGCUGCCACCUGAACCCAUGGCCAUGCAGCCGGCAAUUAUGCCGGUCAUGCCGGUAGAACCUGUCACCUCACAGUCCACAUCCAACACCGUUCCUGCUGCUAUGCAGCCAGCCGGACCAGGUCCCAUUAUCCUUGAUGUUACGCCUCAAGUUAAGAAGCAGAUUGUUGAACAAGAAUUUACUGAUGACACGGGUGCGGCACUUGUAUCUGUUGCAAUUUCGGAGGCAGCGUCUAUCCCGGGUCUUAACGCUACAAUUAAAACAACGAGUAGCCAACGGCAGCAGAUUAUGGUGGCAUGGAAUAACAUUUUUCGGAAGCUCCUGGCCAUCGUUCGGAGUUGUCUUGCCCUGGGCUACAACCUUUACCCACCAGUCGGCUCUAAUGUCGCGCCAGAUCAAUUCCGGGGUCGCGUGAUAGCUGUGUUGAUCAACGAUAGUGCCAACCCACUGGCCUUCAUGCAUAGGUUUACAGUCGACAUAGACGGGAACAUCGUUUUACUAGAUGGCAUCCUCGACAAUCCCUUAAUCUUUCACAUCACCGUUCACUUCAUAUGGUGCAGUGACCUCAGCAUUUAUGAAUUUCUUGCUGCUAUGACAUCAGACCGACUCCAGCAAGUCAAUUAUGCUAUCUCUGCUGUUGGUUCCGUUGUGAAGCUUGUGCUGCGGGAGCAGCUGCCUCAUCCACUGGUUGUCAUACCAUUCACGCAGCUUGAAGGGAAAGACACUUUCAGCGACAUCAUUUGCUACAUUGAUGGUCUGGACGAUGUCCAGAAACUCAUAUUUGACCAUUCUAAGUCUCACAUGCUCAAUGUUGGAGACUCGCAGCUCCGAUCAACUAAUGUAUUAGCUCGACUUGACAUGAUGAUGACUGGGGUCAUGGUGCUGUAG